AUGCCCUCGCAAGAAGGUGUCCAGUCCUCAGGCCGCACGCCGCUGCGGGUGUACGGACCGCAGCCGACAUACAAGGCAUACAUUUCACCAUAUGGACCUAAAACAAAACACAUUCCUAACCUAAUGGGCAUGUCAGUACCCAAGGCCCUGCGAUACGGCUACCUGGCCUCCGGCUUCGGCGUCGCAGCGGGCGUCUUCGCUCUGUUUUUCUUCGGCGAUGUCCCCAAAGUACGGACCGAUAUCUUGCAGAAAAUCCCCGUCAUUGGCGACUACUGGGUGAGAGAAAUUCCUCCGGAGGACAACCCCUUCUAG